GAGUGCCUGGGACGAUGCCUGUGGAAGAGUUUGUGGCGGGAUGGAUCUCUGGAGUUCUGGGCUUGAUGCUGGGACACCCCAUCGACACAGUGAAGGUUCGGCUGCAGACCCAGAACACCUACCGGGGCGUCGUGGACUGUGUGAUCAAGACGUACCGCCGGGAGUCAGUCUGGGGCUUCUUUAAGGGAAUGAGUUUCCCCAUCGGCAGCGUGGCGGUGGUCAACUCGGUCCUCUUCGGAACCUACAGCAACGCCCUGCAUCUGCUCAGCUCCGCCUCCCACCAGGACCGCAAGGCCCAGCCCCCCCACUACGGCCUCGUCUUUGUGGCCGGCAGCAUCGCGGGGUUCGUGCAGGCCUACUGCUUGGCUCCAUUUGACCUCAUCAAAGUUCGACUGCAGAACCAGACAGAGCCGCGGACUCGGCCGGGAGUGGCUCCACCCCAGUAUAGGGGUCCCCUGCACUGUGCCAGGACCAUCCUCCGGGAGGAGGGGCCCCGGGGCUUGUUUCGGGGCUCCUGGGCUCUGGUGCUGAGGGAUACUCCUACUCUGGGCCUCUAUUUCCUCACCUACGAGGCUCUCAGUCGGUGGCUAACUUCGGACAGUAAGAAUCCUGGCUCGGCUACAAUGCUGGUGGCUGGGGGCUUUGCGGGGAUCAUGUCCUGGACCACAGCCACUCCUAUGGACGUAGUCAAGUCACGCAUGCAGAUGGAUGGGCUUAAGCAGCGCCAGUACCGGGGGCUGCUGGACUGCAUGGUGAGCAGCGCCCGGCGGGAGGGACCGCGGGUCUUCUUCAGGGGCCUGACCCUCAACAGUGCCCGGGCCUUUCCCGUCAACGCUGUGACUUUCUUCAGUUAUGAGCAUCUCCUCCUGCUCCUGGGCUGAGCCUUCUGGGUGUAGCUGCUCCUGCAGCAAAGUCUAACCCUGAGAGACUAAAUCCCAAUUUGGUAGCCACAGUUUGGUGUCAAUGGUGGAAGGCCAGCCCGUCUGCCUCCUCUAAUUCCCUCCUGUCUCCACGUGCAAAUCCAUGUUUUCCUUAAGUGGCCGGCGUUGGGUUCAAAUUGGCCUGGAUCAAAGUGACAUGAAGAACAGGAGGGAGGUGGAUGCACACCAACAUCAAGAACAAAGAACAGACCACUCUGGGCCUCAGUUUCCUUAUCUGUAUAAUCAGGAUGUUGGCCAUAGCUCUAGACAGAGGAUCCUGAGGCGAAUGGUGGGACGUGCAGACUUACCCGGCCCCAUCUGCCCCCCUGAUCUUCCUGCCUCAGGACUUAACAGAAUGUCAUCAAAAGUUGCUACUUGUGGCUAAAAAACUCCUCCUUCUGCAGCCAACCAGGGGAAAGGCCCGUGUGGGUGCAGCCGGCCUAUCCCUGUGCUCACACUGGAAGUCUUUCUAUCCUGGUAGGCCCUGCUACAGCCAAGCCACCUCUCUCGAGAGCCCAAGAACCCUCUUCCUGCCCGGAGGAGAACUUUGGUAAAGGUUGGCAGAAGCGGCGGGGGCAGAUCAUGAAUAAAUCUCAUUCCUUUUC